CAGCUCUUACGGAGAUACACGAACAGUGAUUUGAAAACAGUGAUCUGUGAAUAAUAAAGGAUUUGUGUAUCAUCAGUAAAAGAGUUGACCAUCAGUAAACCAGAGAGCUACACACUGACCUCUGCUUGCAUCAUUUUGCUCAUUGAAUGGACUACACUCUCUGAAAAUUGAAUGCAUAGACCUGAUUCAGCCCCUCCCCAUUUCAGCGCUGUUUUGUCUCUUAACCUGUGGUUUCCAUUGAAGCUACUGAGAAGGGUAGAUCAAAAUGGAUUACGUGUGAGAGCACAGAAAGUAUUUUCACCAAGAAUCAGUGUGAAGAAUUUACAUGUUUCCAUUGAUCAUGUUAUAAAUAUUGUGUGUGUGGGGACUUCCUCUGCAGUACUUUUGUACUUUCUUGGUUCACUACACAAGCUGAGAAUAGCACACCUGACUACUAGACUUUGAACUCUAGGUGAAUGUUUAGUGAUAAGGCAACAAGACCAAACUGUGAACAUGACACAAUAAUGACAGCAACUGGAAACUUUAGACAUUUUAAAAUACUUUUUCCAUUAUAAGUACAUUAUGAUAUAAACAAUGAAAAAAGACAGCACACACACACCCAAAUCAUGAACCAGACUCAAAGGCUUUUUAUGCGGUUUGUUUUGUGUAUUCAUGCAGACAAUUCUUUGUAUGUGUACUUUGUUUUUGUUUUUUUUUUUGUAUGCAACUGGAAAAUGAGUAAACAAAAAAUAUACAAAAAUACCCCUUUUAAAAGGGUAAUUUAGGGGUAAUUUCUUUUAGAAUGUUAUGUUCUUUCUGGAGGUCAGUAAUAAUGUUAGUCUAAACAUUGAAAUAUGCAGCUCAAACUGUUUAGACUGAAAUUGUGAAAGAUCUUGUUAAAAUUAAAUUAUUGUUUUUUUGUUUGUUUGUUUGUUUGAUUAAGGCUCAGAAACUGAAUUCUGAACCAAUGCUAUUAGGUGUAGUCCUUGCUAAUUAGGAGGAUAACACUUUUUUUUUAGGGUUUGUUUAGGGUUUAUAAAGAGGUUCAUUGAUGACUAAUAAGCCAUUUACAAAUGCAUUAUAAAUUGCUUUGAUACGCAGUUAUAACAACAUGAAUAAAAAUGAAGAGUUUCAUUUCAACUCCAAAUAGUAAGCCAUUUUACCUCACAAUAUAGAUGCUUAAUAACACUUAUUCAACAUUAGUAACUUAUGAAAAUGUACCAUGGAUGUACAUGGACAGCUAUGAAGCAUUUAUUAAGGAGUUGUCAACAUUAGAAACCUAUGUAUAAUAACUCCAGAACGGUUUAAUGGUCAUCAGGCAUAUUUUAUGAUAUAUGCUGUAAAUGAGCAUGAAGAGCUUUAACGUGUUUUUUGAAGAGGACUUUAGGUAACUAGGACUAGGUAAGAAGCACCAUUCUUUUGACAUCAAUUUGACAAGGAAUGUGACAACACAAGUGAGUCAAGACAUUACAGUGAUGCAUUUAAAAAAAAAAAAAAAAAAGACAAUCCCUCUUUUUCAUCUCACUAUAAUAGUGUUUUUUGCUGCAUUGUGACAUAAAUCAUUAAUUAUGCCAUUUUAUGUAUUUGAUUAAUCUAAAUGUAUUUAUUAAUGCAAGUUAAAAUGCUCACUAUUUCGCAAGACUCUUUUUAAUUAUGUUGCUGUAACCGCAUGUCAGUGAUUUAUAAUGCAUUUGUAAAUGACUCAAAGUCAUUAUUGAAUCCCUGUAUAAACCUCUAACAAACAGGACGUUAAUGUGAAGAAUUACUGUUAGGUGUUAUAUCGGCAGUUUUAUUUAACAUUUUCCACCUCAUGCAUGUAUGCAUUUCUCUUUUCUUUUAUUAGUCCUGGUUGCCAUGAUGUCAUCUAUUAAUUCAUGAUGUCACUGUGUUUUUCCUCAGUGAUGUCAUCCUCCACUCCCCUCCUGUCUGAGUUGUUCCAGUGUUCAGUGUGUCUGGAUGUGUUCACCCAUCCUGUUUCCCUCCCGUGUGGUCAUACGUUUUGUCUGUCAUGUAUUCUUGCUCAGUGGACAGCAUCUGGCUCCUCGCACUGCCCAAAAUGCUCAACAGUUUUCCAGGAAUCUCCGGAGCUGUGUGAAAAUAAUUUUGCCUGUGAGAUGACAGAGCAGAUCCGCAGGCAGAGGGGUCAGAGGGUAUCGGAGCAUCGCCCGGUGACCUCGGGCAACAUUUUAUGUGAUAUGUGUCCAUUAAAGAAAGCCUCACCUGCAGUAAAAUCAUGCCUGGCGUGUGUAGCAUCGUACUGUGAGGAACAUGUGAAUUUGCACACCCCCAGGUUCUCCACACAUGCACUGGUGCAGCCACAGCACAGAAUGGACGAGAGAAUUUGCAGUAAACAUGAAAGACCGUUGGAGCUUUACUGCAGAUACGAACAAACAUGUGUGUGUGUGCUGUGCACGAAUGCAGAACACCACACACACCACACUAUACCUGUGGAGAGAGAAUGGGCAGAGAGAAAGACUCAGUUAUUGAAGACACAGUCUGAUUUGAAGCGGAUGAUUAAGGAGAGAUGGAAUAAAGUUGAGGAUCACCAUCAUGUGUUAUCUGUGUGUAAGGAGAACUCUGACAGAGAGAUGGCACACAGUGUGGAGGUCUUCACUGCACUGCAGCAGUUUAUAGAGAGGAGCCAGUCUGAACGGCUCAGAAACAUGAAACACAAGCAGAAAACUGCAGAGAGACACGUGGAGACACUCAUUAAAGAACUGGAGGUGGAGAUCAUGAAACUAAAUGCUAAAAACUUGGAGCUGGAAAAGCUUUCACACUCUGAAGAUCACUUCAACCUCAUACAGGUCUACCCUAACUCAUAUGUGGUGCCUCAGUGUAAGAGCUGGUCUCAGGUCAGUGUGCAUACUGCUCAGGGUCUGGAGUUACUGAGAGAAACAUUGAUGGCUACAGAACAACUACUGAGGACUCAAAUAUACACUGCCACACAGAGAGAACUUGAUGCAGUAUCCCAAUAUGCAGUGGAUAUGACCCUUGACCCUGACACGGCAAACCCCUGGCUGGUGGUGUCUGCAGACAGGAAGUGUGUGAGCGAUGGCAACGUGGAGCGUAACAUCCCAAACAACAUUCAACGUUUCGACACGGCACCCUGCGUCCUGUCUAGAGAGCCUGUCUCAAGAGAAAGGAGCUAUUGGGAAGUGGGCGUGGCCAGUAAAACAGCAUGGGAUCUGGGUGUGGCCAAACAGUCAGUGAACCGUAAGGGUUUGGUGACUCUGAGCCCAGAGGACGGGUACUGGGUGGUGUGUCUGAGAGGAGGCAGUGAGUACAGGGCCUGUGACCAGUCAGUUUUUCUGCCACUGCAAACACAGCCACAGAGAAUAGGGAUAUAUGUGGAUUAUGAAGAAGGAUGGGUGUCGUUUUAUGAUCCCAGUGCUUGUGCUUAUAUCUGUUCCUUCACUGGACACAGCUUUAAAGAGAACUUACUGGCCUACCUCAACCCAGACAUGAAUGAUGCAGGAAAUAACAAAGCCCCAUUGGUUAUACAACCUGUUUAUCUAGCCAAUGGGGCAACUAAUGAUACUGUCACAAUAUGA